CUGGGGCUUCAGUUGUUCCCGGAGUCUUGUGGACGCAGGACGUGGCCGGCGACCUCUUACCUGUACUAUCACACUCACUGUAGAGGGACGUCCACACUCGCACUGCGCCACUCGUUCAUUCUCGCACCGAAACCAACAACACCAAGAGCCACCAGUGGGAAUAUAGACCCAAGUUAUUAUCCAGUGAGACAAAUGUUUCCUCCAAUGAGACAAAUAAUGGUGCAAAAGUGAGAGACUAAAGAGGGGGAAGAGAGAGAGAGAGAGAACAUUAUCGUGGAGGAAAGGAGUAUAUGUGUGUGUGUCAGUGAGUGCGUGAAGGGUAGAGUGUAUCGGUGAGUGCGUGGAGGGAGUGUGUUGAUGAGUGCGUGGAGUUGGAGGUGACCAUGACACUGAGGCAGAGAACGGUACUCGGCCUAGCCCUCUUGGCGGCCGCCCUCACACUCGCCACAUCAGCGGACGACGUGAACACCGACAGGAGACGGAGACUGGAGCUUCGUCAGGAGGGACUUAAAUCUAGUAACCAGAGUCAACCAGAGUGUGAGUACGGCGGUAAGUGGUACGGGGCAGGGGAGGCCGUACCCACCCAAGAGCCGUGCCUCAUCUGUUCCUGCAAGGACGCCUCCCUCGUCUGCCAUCUGAGGGUCUGUCCCGCCGUGCCUAACUCCGUGCCCGAGGGUUGCUACAAGCUCAAGAAGGCCGGCCAGUGCUGUCCUGAGGUGGUCUGUGACGGUGAGUUAGAGACCAACCGUCUAUAUAGAACAGAGACGGAAGCUGUGCCUCAUGAGGAACAGCAACAGCACGAGUUAACAGAGGUGAGGCAGAAGGAUGCGACAGCGGCGGCAGCGGAGGCGGCGGUGGCGGGCACUCGCCGGAGAGGAGGUUCAGGAGUCCGCGACACUACCAUGAGGGGGUGUGUGGCUGAGGGCGCCGUGUUCGCCGAGGGUUCGGCCAUGGCGUCGCCGGACGAGUGUUCCUACUGCUUCUGUAUCCGGGGAAAGAGGCAGUGUGUGGCGCCCAAGUGCCUCCUGCCCGUAGAGGGCUGCCGGCCCCGCUACCGCACCUUCUCCUGCUGCCCCACAUUCUACGACUGUCACGAUGCCUACAAAACCACCACCACCACCGUCAGAGCCCCAACAGAGUGUGUGGUAAACGGCAGAAGGUACCCAGACGGGACCGAGGUGGAGAUUGACGGGAGGCCCUGCGAGUCGUGCUUCUGUCUGGGCGGGUCCCUCAGCUGCACCAAUCUCACGUGCGCCCAACCCAUAGACGGCUGUGAACCCAUCAUGAAGGACGGACACUGCUGCCCCGUCAUGUACGACUGUGGUGGCGAGGUGACGAGGGACCAACUUGCUCUACUCUUAAAGGCCAAAGAACUGAACCAUCAAGAUGAACUUCAAGACUGGUGGAGUAUGGCAAGAAUCAGUCCAGGGGGGGAAGCGACCAUCACUGACACAGAAAACGCGGAGCCUCUUAUAGCUUCUCUAGACGCUGACCUUCCACAUCCCGACGGAAACGAAACAAGCACAACAGAAGCUCCAGUAACUGAAGCAGCUCCCACCGAUGAAGCAGCUCUCGCCCAUGAAGCAGCUCUCACCCAUGAAGCAGCUCUCGCCCAUGAAGCAGCUCUCGCCCAUGAAGCAGCUCUCACCCAUGAAGCAGCUCUCACCGAUGAAGCAGCACUCACCGAUGAAGCAGCUCUCACCGAUGAAGCAGCUCUCACUGAGGAAGCAGCUCUCACUGAGGAAGCAGCUCUCAGUCAGGGAGAGACAACGGAGUGGGAGGUAGGAGAGGAAGUUCCAGGAGAGGAGGAGGAGGUGACGGAGACUCCAGAGAUGCCCCCGCCCCUGAGGAACCCCCCUCCAAGACUACCCCCGAUGACCCGAGCAACUAAUGCAGAUAUUGCCAAACGCCGCCAACAGUCCCGUUACAGUUUCCGGCGACGAAACUCCACCAGAAUAUCUCGACCGAGAGAGACAAGUCUCCUGAGUCGAACUAAACCUCGAAUUGAAAGACCUCGAAUCCAGAGGCCUACCCGACCGGAGAGACCUGAAAGACCUGAAGUUGAGAGGCCUACCAGACCGGAGAGACCUGAAAGACCUGAAGUUGAGAGGCCUCCCCGACCGGAGAGACCUGAAAGACCUGAAGUUAGGAGGUUUACCAGACCGGAGAGACCUGAAGUUGAGAGGCCUCCCCGACCGGAGAGACCUGAAGUAGAAAGGCCUACCCCACCAGAGAGACCUGAAAGUCCUGAAGUUGAGAGGCCUCCCCGACCGGAGAGACCUGAAAGACCUGAAGUUAGGAGGUUUACCAGACCGGAGAGACCUGAAGUUGAGAGGCCUCCCCGACCGGAGAGAUCUGAAAUAGAGAUGCCUACCUCACCAGAGAGACCUGAAAGACCUGAAGUUGAGAGGCCUACUCAACCUGAAAGACCUGAAGUUGAGAGGCCUACUCAACCUGAAAGACCUGAAGUUGAGAGGCCUACUCAACCUGAAAGAUCUGAAGUUGAGAGGCCUACUCGACCUGAAAGACCUGAAGUUGAGAGGCCUACUCGACCUGAGAGGCCUGCCCGACCAGACAGGCCCCGACCCCGACCUGAGGCACAGAGUCUCAGUUUCCGCCUCAGGAAUAGACAGAGCAGCAAAUACGCAUCCAAGAGUAAGAUACCGUCCACCACAACCCCACCAACAACACCUACUACAACCUCAUCCACAACGACCACAGCAACCACAACCCCUACACCUUCUACAACACCCACACCUACCACAACACCCACACCUACCACAAUACCUACACCUACUACAACCACCUCAGCAACACCCACAACUUCCGAGCUCACGGACACGCUUCAGAUUGUAGACGAUGAAGCCCCACAACCCAGCCGACCCAUCACACCUCCAGUCACCACGACACAGGAACCCAUCACCACUACUCUGGAUGACUUGGUGCUCUCGGACACCAUCCAGUCCCGAACAGUCUCUGCUGUCGUUCCAUCCAAAUUUUCAAGAUAUAGGUACGCCACCCAAUCCAGAGCCACCAAGCCUACCACCACUAUCACCACCACUGCAACACCACCUAGACCAUCGACCACCACAACAUCGAGUGCUGACCCUGUUAUUACCACCUUGGGACCGCAACUUGAAUCACUCUUUGAGGUGACUGGAGUGGGUCACGUUGGCGAAGCUUUCCUGAUACAGGACAGGAGGAGACUCACUACUCUGCCCUCCCGACGCAAUCCUCCAAUCCUCAACUGGCAGAAACCGGUGGAGGUCGGUGCUGGAGUUAACGUGAAGGGCAACCUGGACGACGCUGUGGCCUUUGGUCCAAUACUAAUCUUCGGCAACAGCGUUAGAACUGAUCGUAAACACAAGGAUAACAACGUGACAGAAAAUAUUGUUGAGACUACAGCAGAGGUGGAGGAGGAGGGCACUGCUGUAACGGAGAUCCCUCAAGAGGAGACAACGAUCUUGGUGAAGGAUCUCCCACCUGAGAGAGAGGAAGUCAACGACGAGGCUUUAACAAGCAACGACGCCCUCAACGAGUCGGAACUAACACUGGAGGAAAUAACAACAUUACUUUCUUCAAUUGUUUUGCCAGACACUACCAUUAAACCAGAGGAAAGCCCUUCCACCACAACCCAGGCGUCCACCACAACCCAGGCGUCCACCACAACCCAGGCGUCCACCACAGCCCAGGCGUCCACCACAACCCAGGCGUCCACCACAACCCAGGCGUCCACCACAACCCAGGCGUCCACCACAACCCAGGCGUCCACCACAACCCAGGCGUCCACCACAACUCAGACACCCAUCACUACCUCAGCAACGCCUGACGAGGAAGAACCUUCACCUACGGCGCCUUCUGUAGAGGACACGUCACUAGUUGAGGAUGCUGUCGACACUGAGGUUACUGACCCUGAAACUGACUUUACUACUUAUGACAUCACUGUGGGCACCUCGGUACUGACCUCUAGCCAGGCUCAACCCGCUGCUGUGGGCGUCGGCGAGGUGAUCCCCGUGCAGCUGGAGCCAGAGCACAAGACGCCGGAGACUGACGAAGGAACUGUACUAUCCGGACCAGCUAUACUUGGCGCUCUCUUUAACAUGUUCACACGACCAGACCGGCCCACCACAGAAGGACCAGAGAGACCCAGACCAGACAGACCCAGACCAGAACUACCAGAGAGACCUACACCCAAAACACCGGAGACACUCAUACCAGAAAGGCCAGACAGACCGAUCAGACCUGAAAGGCCAUCCAGACCAGAGAGACCGUUCAGACCACCACCCCCUCGCGCACCUUUCAGACCACGACCAAGACCUAACUCCAGACCUGAGUUCAUUCCUCCGCGAUUCCGCUUUACAUCUCCCUCACCAACAAGCCAGGAGGACACAAUCCCGGCCUCCACGACCACGACCUCCACCACGACCUCCACCACUACCUCCACACCAGAGCCACAGGAACUAAUCAUCCCUACAGUCGACGCAUUACAAUUCGCACCUCCACCCAGCCGAACUAACCCGCCUCCCCACCCUAUCAUCCCAGCAUUUAUCCAACCAUCUCCAAUACAAGACCAACCCAGUCCCAUUCGUAUCCCACCCCUCUCGUUCAUCAACCUACCCGACCCGAUACACACCAGGCCCAGUACGCCUUUCCGUCGGCCAGGUCCCACCAACAUCCAGCCUGCACUAGCCCCUCAACAACCAGGGAUCCCUCAUGACCUGCCCUCUGACCCCAUCAUUGAAGGUGGAUUCCAGGGUAUCCGAGGUGAAGGGGAAGGCAUCCAACCCACCUUCGACUUCGCUGAUGACUACGACAACAUCGGGGACCCAACCCUACCUCCUUCACUCCCAAACUUAAAAAUCAUCCCCUUCGUGGCAGCGGACGCCCUCACAGAGCCAGAACUUGGCUUCAGUAGCUCAAGUCCACUCCCUCUGGUGCCCAUCCUCGUACCCGACCCUGAUGAUGAGCCAGCAAACGGUGACGAUGACAGCACUGCUAACCUUAACCCAGGAGAGACUACCGAGGACCCUUCCACAACCACCACGCCCACCGCCACCACACGUCAUCCUUUCGCUGGUCUCCCAAUUGGUGAUCGCCGCCCACCCAUCCUCCCACCUCGUCGACAAAUCAAUCGACCUACAGCCAACGAAGAUUCCCCACUACGGCGUCCAUUCUUACCCUUCCGUCGUCCUGGAGAGCGACCGAAGCGUCCAACCUUCCUGUCAGUACCCGGAGCUGUCACGACCAUAACAGCGUCUGAGGACUCUGACAACCAGCCCGAAGUAUCAACAAAUGUUCCCUUUAUUCAAACCGAACGCCCAUCAACCCGCCCGCCCUUCAUCCCACCCCAUCGUCCAACACCCAAAACAACAACAACAACAGAACUUACAACCUCACCACCAGCAGACACCACCCAACAACCAGCAAGACUCCCGCCCGCUCUUCCUCCCAGGCUCAAAAUCACAACUAUCUUCCCCACCGCUUCUCCUCCCCGACCCAAAACCACACCUAUCCACCCCUUCGCCUUUCUUUCUCGACCUAAGUCCACAACUAUCAACCCUACCCAAACCUCGCGACCAAUAGUCUCAAAUGACAUCUCCAACCUCCUACUGCAGGAUGUAUUUGAACUUCCUGAAGGACAAAACACUCCCCCCGUCAGGUUCACAUCCAGCCAAGGAACACCCAAGCCCAUCGUGCCAGUGAAGGUCGCCUCAACUCUGCCCGAGAUACCACCAGCUGUCAGGGACCAACUACCGCUGGCCACUGACCCCGUCUUGGCAUCAGGUCUUCUGAAACUAUCGGGCUGCAACAUCUACGGCCGGAUGUACGUGGUGAAGGAUAGGAUCCCCGAGUUGUCAGCCAAGUGUAAAGAGUGUCGCUGUACUCCCGUUGGUGUCCAGUGCCUCCCUAUCUGUUAAUGCUGCUGCCACUUACUCCCCCUACCUAUACCUCCCUCAACCACCGGCCGCUACUCUCCAAGCCGGAUAUAUAAUGAUAACUUACUUGUUAUACUGAGCUAUAUGAUGACUUAGUGGGGGUAAACUGAGAGAACUAUUAUAGCAAUGGAUGGAUAAGGUUGGGUGUAAGUGUGGGAACUCUGAUAAGUUUAAAAUAAAAGUAUGUGAAUAUUUUAGUAAACAUAUUAUUUGUAGGA